AAAUUCGAGAUUUGAUUAUUAGAUUUUAUAAGAUUUAGUACAUUUUUAUAGGAAGAGUCAAUGAAGAUUUUUAAUUAAGUUUGAUUUGAUUAUUAAUUACAUUACAUUGUUCCAUCUGGUAACAUGUUUGAUUUAAUGCUUUAAGAUGGAAAGGAAGAUUUACAAUAUGUUGUGGAACUCUAUUGUGUAUCUUUUGAGGAAGUUCACUAAUGCACUGAGUUCAUAAUUCAAUUUUGUUGUUGCUUUCCUUAUUGAAUGCUCAUGAUCCAUUAUAUGUGCUGUGUUUCUAAUGAGAUUCUUCUUUUGUUUUGUAUUGUUUGGUCAUCUUUUCAUGCAGGGUUUUCAUACAUCCAGAAGAGUUACUGCAUCCUAAUGGUUCGAGAAAAAGAUGUCUGUUGGGAAUAUGCAGAUAAAUUAGAUGGAAACAAAGUCAGGUGCAAAUUCUGCCAGAGAGUUCUUAAUGGUGGUAUUAGUAGGUUGAAGCAUCAUUUGUCUAGAUUUCCAAGUAAAGGGGUAAAUCCAUGUAGCAAGGUCAGAGAUGAUGUUACAGAUAGAGUAAGGGCUAUAAUAGCAACAAAGGAAGAAGUCAAAGAAACUUCAAGUGUGAAGAAGCAGAAACUAGCGCUAGCAGUAGCAGAGGUUAAGUCUCCCAGUAAUAUGUCCGCAAAUAAAGCUCUUACAUCUAUGGAUGCACCAUCCUCUGCUGUGAAGAUUUUCCCUACUAGCAAUCCUUUGACGCCAUCCUCUGCAAACAACCAAGAAAAUGCAGAGAGAAGCAUUGCCCUGUUCUUUUUUGAGAAUAAGCUAGACUUCAGCGUUGCGCGAUCUUCAUCCUAUCAAUUGAUGAUUGAUGCAAUUGCGAAGUGUGGUCCUGGAUUUACAGGUCCAUCAGCUGAAGUCCUGAAAACAACAUGGUUGGAACGGAUAAAAUCAGAAGUGGGCUUACAGUCGAAAGAUGUUGAGAAAGAGUGGGCGACCACAGGUUGUACCAUUAUUGCAGAUACAUGGACUGAUUAUAAGUCCAAGGCCAUGAUUAAUUUCUUAGUCUCAUCACCAUCCAGGACAUUUUUCCACAAAACUGUGGAUGCCUCUGCAUAUUUCAAGAAUACAAAAUGGCUUGCCGAUCUUUUUGAUUCUGUAAUUCAAGAGUUUGGCUCAGACAAUGUUGUGCAGAUCAUCAUGGAUAGUAGUUUUAACUACACUGGCAUUGCUAAUCAUAUUGUGCAGAACUAUGGAACUAUAUUUGUAUCUCCUUGUGCUUCUCAGUGUUUGAAUCUAAUACUGGAGGACUUCUCCAAGGUAGAUUGGGUUACUAGAUGUAUUUUACAAGCACAAACCAUAUCAAAGUUAAUAUACAACAAUGCCUCAUUGCUUGAUCUUAUGAAGAAGUUCAGUGGAGGCCAGGAACUUAUUAGGACUGGGAUCACGAAAUCUGUAUCAACUUUCCUGUCUUUACAGUCUAUGUUGAAGCUAAGAACAAGAUUGAAGCUUAUGUUCCACAGCCCUGAAUAUGCCUCAAACACUUCAUAUGCAAACAAGCCACAGACUCACUCUUGUAUUACAAUUGCUGAAGAUGGUGAUUUCUGGAGGACAGUUGAAGAGUGUGUGGCUAUCUCUGAGCCUUUUUUGAAAGUUUUGAGGGAAGUAUCGGAAGGGAAACCAACUGUAGGUUCGAUAUAUGAAUUAAUGACCAGGGCAAAGGAAUCAAUUAGAACAUAUUACAUAAUGGAUGAGAACAAAUGCAAGACAUUCUUAGAUAUAGUAGACAAAAAGUGGCGUGACCAACUGCAUUCUCCUCUACAUGCAGCUGCAGCCUUUUUGAACCCCAGUAUCCAAUACAAUCCUGAAAUAAAGUUCCUUUCCUCGAUAAAAGAAGACUUCUAUAAGGUUCUGGAGAAAUUACUUCCCGUGCCAGAUAUGAGGCGUGAUAUCACCAAUCAAAUCUAUACUUUUACAAAGGCUCAUGGGAUGUUUGGUUGUAGCCUAGCAAAGGAGGCAAGAAGCACAGUUGCUCCAUGGCUUUGGUGGGAACAAUAUGGCGACUCUGCCCCCGGGUUGCAACGGGUUGCCAUUAGAAUACUAAGCCAAGUCUGUAGUACCUUCUCUUUUCAGAGGCAGUGGAGCACGUUCCGGAAGAUUCACUCGGAGAAGAGGAACAAGAUUGAUAGAGAAACAUUGAAUGACCUUGUUUACAUAAACUACAAUCUCAAGUUGGCAAGGCAGAUGAAAGCAAAGUCUUCAGAAGUUGAUCUGCUUCAAGUUGAUGAUAUUGACAUGACUUCUGAGUGGGUGGAGGAGAAUGAAACUGCAAGUCCAACUCAGUGGUUGGAUCGUUUCGGUUCAGCCUUGGAUGGCAGUGAUCUUAAUACAAGACAGUUUGGUUCUUCCAUAUUUGGAGCAAAUGACCCCAUAUUUGGGCUGUAGCAUAUUUUGUAGCCAUGUAGGAAUUGCAAUGUAUAUGUAUAUUUCAAGUGAUAUGAAUGUGAAGACAUGGCUAAUAGUCAAUUAGCUCGCCAUUUCUCGCCAUGUAGGAUAAGUAAUUAAUGUAUUGUUAUUGUUAUAUUAAGAUAUACAAGUCAAACUUGCUUCA